UGGAGUCUGGCCUCUGGCUGGAUCCACUAUUUUGCCCAACACUGCUCUAAUCACUUUUGUGGCUCUCUGCUAGGCUCUUUCUAAGAUCUGACCACGUCCAUUUUGAAACUCAGGGGCCAAAACCAGACACUGUAAUCUAGGUGAGGCCUCACCAAUGCCAGAGGGGAAGAAUUUGAAAGAGAAACUCUUUUAAAAACAAACCAUGAAGGUGUUGGUGUUUUUGAAACAAGAGCACACUAUUGCCUUGUAUUCCAUUUAGGAUCCAUUGAAUCCCCAGGUCCUUCUCCUUAGUAUACAGCAGCCUAGUCACUCAUUUUCCAAUCUGUAUUUGGGUAUCAAAUUGUUAUAUCUGAAGUGCUAGACUUUGCACUUGUCCUUGUUGUGUUUCAUUGUGCAAGUAAAUUCAUAUGUGCUGUGCUGAAAAAUACAGUACCUAUAAACACACUGUAUCAGGGUAUUUACUGUAAGUGAAAACGAAGGUCUUUCUUGCCAGCUAAGAGCGAGCAGCUGCUCCUCCUAGCGAGCUCAGAAAACAAUUUUAGCACAAAGUAGCUUCCCUACCAGUCAGAAUGAAAGUGCAAGUUAAAGAGUAGCUCCUUAAAGCGCUUUUGUGAAGAUUGUGAAGAGGAUUCAGCCUCAGGAACGUGGUGUUUGCCUCUUCAGAGCUCUGCUCGGGGAACUAGCUUGCACGUCAGUCUGGCCUGGCAAUGUGUUCAGAAAAGGAGCUGCUUCUGUUGCUGCUGCUUUGAAAAUCUGCUUCUCCAUUGUCUUAUGUAUUUGGAGAGAGAUCAGUUUGGAAACCUAGUGGGUUUUCUGUGAGAUUUUCACUGUGGAAAUGGAAGAACAGCCUGACAAAAAGAGCAAAUGUUCCCAAGAUGAUGGCUCUGGAGGAAGCUGUGAUGGUUGUAAUAAGGAUGAAGAAAAAUCAUCUGGAAAUACAGACCAAUCAUCCCAUCAGGACGUUAUGGCAAAUGAGAUCGAGGGAAGGAGUCUAUGGAACCAACUGUUCAGGUGUUGGAGUGACCAUGGGAUGAGAGAGAGAGACCAAGUCCAGGACCAGCUAAGGGAUAUGGACUCCAUCUCCCAGCGGCCGAAGGCACUCUCCGAUACCGAGCCAAGGCCUGUAGGUAGCCAAGGAGACAGUGUCCCGGACAAGGCAGAAGAGGCAUCAGGCGGGCCAUUGGAUCCUGGCCGAACCAGUCCUAAGGGGGAGAAGUCAGCAGUGGAGGAGGAAAGGCCUGGGAUGGAGCUAAGAACAAAGGGACAUGUGGACAGCCCUUUGGAAGAGCAGAUCUUAGGAGGACAGAACACCUCGGAAGGCAGGAGCUGGGAUGUGGACUCCAUCUCCCAGCGGCCGAAGGCACCCUCCGAUACUGAGCCAAGAAAGUACAUGGGGCUGUGUAACCAGGGCUCUACCUGCUACUUGAACAGCCUGCUGCAGUGUCUCUUCUUCACUCCAGAACUCAGACGAGCCAUUUGCAGCUGUGAUAACACUGACCCUGGCAUCCUGCACAGCCUGAAAAAGCUGUUUCAAGAGCUGACGGAUGGAAAACAAAUGACCACCACAACAGGAAUUACUAUGUGCCUUGGAAUUCGCAAUGUGAACCAGCAACAAGACAUUGAGGAAUAUUUCAGGCAGCUGAUGGAUAAAAUAAUUGAAGAGAAAGAAGGUAUUCGCCAGCUAUACGAGGUGAAACAGGUCCAUACCAUCACUUGUUGUGAAUGCAGACUCCAGACAAAAGUGGAGAAUCCUGUCCUGAGUCUUUCCCUCUCUUUUCAAAAGUUGACUUCUAAUCACUCCAUUUACUCUGUGACCACCACUUUGGAUGAGAUGCAGCAAGAAAGCACCUUUACAGGAGAUGACCAGCUAUAUUGCGAAAACUGUGGAUGUAAACAAGAUGCCACCUCGAAAUACUGCUUUGAAAGUCUACCUCAGAUUCUGGUUCUGCACUUGAAGAGAUAUCAGUUUGAUUCUUUUACCGGGUUUAGAAAGCUGAGUUGUGUUGUGUCUGUGCCACUCUCACUCGAUGUGGACAAGGAAGACCACCCUGUACACUAUGAUCUCUAUGCCAUGUGUCACCAUUCUGGAGGAAUUCAGGGAGGCCAUUACCUGGCUGAAAUAAAGCCCUUUGGAAAUGAUAGCUGGUAUGAAUUCAAUGACAGCAGAGUGCGCGAGAUGCAAAAAGAAGAGAUCUCUUCAGAUGGCACGAACUGCGUGAGUACCACCGUGUAUCUGUUAAUGUACCGACGCCGGGUGGAUCCCAGUGCUGGGUCAACAACCACUCAGCCAGAGGCUGCAUCCACAGAGGGGAGAGGUGCAGAGGAGCAAGAUUAUGAGUUUGAGAAGCAGCAGGAUGAAAGGUCACCUGGAGGGGAGAAGAAGAUGCCAUCGAAACUGGAAGACCAAAGGAAAUGGAAAGACACGACAAGCAGCAAUCUGAAUUGGUAUGUAGGAAUAGACACUGGGCAUCUGGUCUCUCAGAAGCUGUGACAGACUUGGGGGUAACUUGAAUGUGUCUCUACAUGUUGUUUGUAAAAGCUUUAGUUUCUUUGGCCAUUAUAACUCUGGUUUGGUGGUUGUAUAACUUCCAAAUGUAACGUACACAGGAGAACAUCAUCCUCCCAACGUGUGAGGAGAACUUGGGCAGUAAUGAGCCCUAUAAAGAAGAUCUCUCAUACAAUUCUACGUCAAAUGAACCAUCUGCUCUAACAAGAGAUCAUGGCAGGGCAGAGGGGACUGAAUUUGUGGGCUCAGUGUGGACUGAAUUUGUGGGCUCCUAUCAUCAAUAAGAUGGAGAUAUGUGACGUUCACAAUGCUGAAGUCACAUCCUGGUCCUCUACGAAUGCUUUCGUGGUACCCCUGUGUAACAAGUGGGUGUCCCAAGGCCGGUCAAGUGACCCACUUGUGUCAGGGCUAACUGCCCACCUGCCAUGACUUUGAUGAAACCAAUGUAAAGUUGUUAAUAAGAUGGGAGGCUGCCCAUUUACUUGCCCUGAUGCUGAUGGCGCAUACAUGGCUCUGAACCUCUCUUUAUACUGUGUCCCAUGCGUGCAAAUGGCAUCCAUGGCCUAAAUUUUAUGUGGCCUAACACCUAGCCUAUAAUCCAGUGUCCUCACGUUGGGACUUGCACUCCAGUGCCUCACUUGGGCUCUCAAUUUCACUUGCUCAGGACUCCCAGCCCCUCCCUUUUCCUUGGGCUCCCUGACUAGCUUUGGACCCUUUCGGUCCCCUCGUGCCCCCACACUGGGGCCUUAAUCCCCUUGCCCAACACUGGGCCUCACACCCAGCUCCUUCUUGGGGCUUAGAAUCCCAAUGCCCUGGAGCCUCACACCGGUUCUCUGUAUGUGUCUCAGGCCUCACUGUGGACCUGGGCUGUCUUGGGCCCCUUCAUGACCUGGACCCCACCUCAGGCUCUGCACAGUUAACCUGGGCCCUUGCUUUGUCUUCGGGGUGUGCUCCCCUAGCCUUUACCCUUGUUAGAAAUUGUGAAAGAGGUUUCCUUCUCUAGCAACACAGGAAGCACAGCCUGCACCUUCAGGUGCCCACAACUUUCCCCAUAGUGACUAGGCAUGGUAGGCAGGCUUGGCAGCAGACCUGUGCCUUAUUUGGUAAAAUUGUUUAAAAUUAUAUUGUGAUUGGAGUUUACGCUGCAGGUUAAAGAAGAGUUAUGCAGUACUAAUAAUCUUCCGCUAAAGCUUUGCGCUUGCGAAAAUCUCAUGUAACCAGGGAAUAUAAAUACAUGUGUGAGACUGCAACCGGGGCCCCUCUGCCUUUCUAAGGUCAGGGGACCUUCGGCUGAAUAAACUGGGAAGACCACA